UCCAUAAAUGUUUAGAAAAUAUGUACAACAACUCAGGAAUGAUCGAUCCAUGGGAGCCAGGUUAUGGUCCAACGGAAAGGAGAACACAUUCAAAUACAGAGUUUGAUUAUCGUAGUCCAGAUUAUAGAACACAUCGACGAGAUAGAGAGCGAGAAAGAGACAGAUCAAGAGAUAGAAGAGACCGAAGUAGAGAAGAACGUGAAAGAAGUUACAGAGAUAGAGAAGAUCGCUAUGGGCGACAAAGAGAUCGAGAUUCCGUAGAACGAGAAAGAGAUCGAGACAGGGAACGAGAUCGUGACCGAGAUCGUGAAAGAGAUAGACGAAGAGAUCGUGAUAGAGAUAGGGAACGUGAACGUAGACCUAAAAGGGAUGAUCGUAGUCGUGAUCGAGAUGAUGAUCAUAGUCGUGAAAGUGCAGACUAUGAACAUGAACAUGUACGUAACUAUAGCGCAGCAAUGGAAGGAGUUCAUUAUAAGAAUCAGACACCUAACAAUACAAUUAUGAUUCGUGGACUUGCUCAGCACAUAACAGAGAAUGAUGUUCGACAAGAUAUUUUAAACUGUGGUUUAAUGCCAAAAGAUAUCAGGCUCAUUCGCAAGAAGGAUACAGGUGCUUCGCGAGGUUUCGCUUUCGUCGAGUUUAACGCGACUCAGGAGGCCGCACGAUGGAUGGAGAUGAAACAGGGAGUACUGAUGCUACAGGAACAAUAUCGAGCCCUUAUGCAGUAUAGCAUUCCUAAAGAAAGCCAUUUAGAUAAACUGCAAGCAAAAAAUACACAAGAUUGGCAUUGUGUUAAGUGUGGAGCUCAUAAUUUCAAAAGGCGUGAAACAUGUUUUAAAUGCUCCGCAUCACGUGCUGAAAGUGAAGAAGGAGGCGAGGGUAGUGAUGAGGUCAGUCCACAUCCAACAAACACAGUGCUUCUACGUGGUCUUGAUGUUUUGACAACUGAGGAUUCAGUUCUUCAGGCAAUGCAAGCUUUAUCUUCGCAACCUAUUCGAAGUAUUCGCAUUGGUCGUGACAGUCUGACCAAUACGUCGCGUGGUGUUUGUUACUUGGAAAUGGGAAACGUUGUUGAUGCCAUGUACUUACAUACUGCUCUUACAAAACAAGGUCUUCAUGUUGAUGGCAGAAAGCUUGAAAUAGCAUAUUGUAAGCUACAUCAGAUUUCGGGUUCUGGUUCCUGGAAAUCGUGUGACAAUAAUCAACGCUAUACUCUAGAGGAUGUUGCACAGUUAGCAGAGUACAGCGCUAAUCUUUAUGCAAAGACACCUGCGCAAAAAGCGCAUUAUCUACAGUAUUAUACACAAUACUAUCAGAAUCAAAUAAUUCAAGGCUCAGCGAUAACCUUGCCUUCACUUAACCAAACUGACCGAGUAAACGCGGCAGCAGCAGUAGCACAAUCAGCUAUACAACAGCUACAGGCCUCUAGGAAGAUGGGUGACGCUGACGAAAUGAAAAAUAGACCGACUCCAACAGCUCCGGCAAGUACGACGCUUGCUAUUGGAAGAGUUCCAGCACACUCAAAUGAUGGAAAGGUUUACUCUGCUCCAGAUGUUAGUACAUACCAUUAUGAUGAAACAUCUGGAUACUAUUAUGAUCCUAGUACAGGAUUAUAUUAUGAUCCAAAUUCACAAUAUUAUUACAAUAGCCACAUGCAGCAGUUUUUGUUUUGGGAUGCUGAAUCAUUUUCAUAUAAACCAGCUCAACAAACUAGUAUUUCAAUUCCAAGUGGACAAAUAAGUAACACAGUUGCAAGUAACAAUUUAGCAACAGAUGGAACAACACAAAUAACUGGUUUCACAACAGAUUCAGCUUCAGUAAAUGAUGAUAGCAAAAAAAAAGAAACAAAACAGGAUAAGGUCAAAGUGGCUAAGAAAAUUGCAAAAGAUAUGGAGCGAUGGGCAAAAACACUCAAUCAAAAAAAGGAAAAUGCAAAAAGUAAUUGGACAUCUGACUAUCCAGGUAUUGAAGGCUAUCAAGGUGCAAACAGUGGAGCUGCAGAUGCUGGUUAUGCCAUUUUAGAAAAGAAAAGUAUAGCAACUUCAGUAUAUCUUGAAGAAGAAGAUCUCACUGGUAACAAUGGCUUGGUUGCUGCUUAUGGUGGAGGUAGUGAUACUGAGGAAGAAAUAGAGGAUGUACAACAGGAGGACAGACAGCAUACUGAUUGGAAUAAACUUGCAUGUCUAUUAUGCAAAAGACAGUUUCCUAGUAAAGAAGCUUUAAUACGUCACCAACAACUUUCUGAUUUGCAUAAACAAAAUCUCGAAAAUUGGUACCAAGUUCGUGGACUUGAUCCUAAUGAUCCGCAGCAACGAAAUAACAAAUACAGAGAUCGUGCAAAAGAGAGAAGGGCUAAGUAUGGUGAACCUGAACCACCACAACCUAACAAAUUGAAAGAAAAGUAUUUAAAAACUAGAGUAGAUGAAAUGGCUGUUGUUUAUGAAGAACCAACAAGAACUGGAAUUGGUUCUGAUAACGUCGGUAAUAAAUUGUUGCAAAAAAUGGGUUGGAGUGAAGGCAUGGGUCUUGGUAAAUCAAAUCAAGGUAGAACAAGUAUCAUUGAAACUAAGCGUCGAGUCCCUACUGCUGGAUUAGGAGCAAAAUCUUCAUCUUACUCUGCAUUACCAGGAUAUACAUAUAAAGACUGUGUAAAGAAAAUGACUUAUAUGCGUUAUCAGGAACUGUCUGACUCUUAAUUUGUUUACUUUUUUUUAUGUGUAGUGGUUUCAAUUUCUGCAUAGGCUAUAUUAUUAUGUAAUUUCGUAAUAAUAAAGAUGUAUUUUGUUGAGUUUGUAAAUACAGUAAAUCAAUACUGUACUUUAUAAUUGAAAUUUUAAGCAAACUAAUAAUA